UCAAUGCGGGAAGAGUUUCCUUCAUUCAGCAAAUCUCAAAACCCACAUGAGCGUUCACACCGGAGAGAAGCCGUUCACCUGCGCUCAGUGUGGGAAGAGUUUCACAAACCGAGGAACCUUCUACACUCACAUGAGGAGCCACAGCGGAGAGAAGCCGUACUCCUGCAACCUGUGCGGGAAAACCUGGAAUCAGAAAACCAAUCUGAAGAUCCACAUGAGGGUCCACACGGGAGAAAAGCCCUUCAGGUGCGAUCAGUGCGGGAAACGCUUCACUCGAAAGGAGAGUCUUAAGAAGCACACCAGAGCCAACUGCUUCAUGUCUCCUGCGUGAACACACCUCAACAGCACAUUCUGAUGUUAAUAACGGGUCAUUGUGUGUCACAAAUAUGGCUUCCCAUUUCAGUCAUUAUUAUUAUGUCGUAACGAUCAUUUGAACAUCUCUGCAGUUUCUGAACUCAAAUUAUGUAAAUAAAAAUAUAUGGUUAAAGACACUUAUGACUUUAUUCACGUGUCCACAUACACAAAGAAAACAUAUCAGACUGUCUAAUUGUAGGAUUAAGUGUAAUAAAGUAAUUAAUGAUCUUAAUAUUAUCAUACUU